AUGGUCUUCAUCCUAGGUGUCAACUUCCCCGAGCGGAACCUUGUCAAGAAGUCCCUCGAAUCCUUCUUCGGAAUUGGCCACAACACCUCCUCGCGCCUUCUCUCCCGCUUCUACAUCAACCCGACAUGCAAAGUCGGCGAGCUGGCCAACAAGCAGGUCCUGGACAUCACGGCCGCGCUUUCCGAGAUGAAGAUCGAGAAUGACCUGCGCAGACAGACUCUGGACGAUAUUAAGCGCUUGAAGGAGACGGGGACUUAUCGCGGACGGAGGCAUGCGUUGGGGUUGCCGGUUCGGGGGCAGAGGACGAGGAACCAGAUUAAAACGGCUGUUAAGCUUAACCGAAUGGAGAGAAGGCUGUGA